AUGUUCGGUCUGUUCAGCAACAGCACUCCUGCGGCGCCCGCCCAAGUCCCCACGGACACGGUCAUACCGUUGAAUGCUGCCGAUGACACAGAGGUCUUGCGCAGCGUCGUUGUGGUGCUAUCAUACCGCUUUGAUGACGUCCUGGAUCCGGCGAAACUGAAAAGCUCAUUCGAGAAGCUCCUCGAUAGGCCAGGCUGGCGCAAAAUAGGAGCACGCCUGAGACUCAAUAAGGAGAAUGGGCGGCUCGAGUACCACAUCCCAGAGCGCUUUGACGAACAGCGACCGAUAGUAACCUUUUCGCACGUCUCCCACGACGUCUCGAUUCUCAAGCACCCUCUGGCGUCGAAAUUGCCGCGACCGACAGAGCGCCCUGCUGUUGUCGGCGACCCAAAUGACUUCGACGAGUUGACAUGCAGUCCGGAUGCACCGAAGACACUGAACGACUAUCUCACCAGAGACGUCCCUCAGCUAUGCCUGCACGUGGUUUCGUUCACUGACUCGACGCUGAUAUCAAUUUCUCUCCCACACACCCUCACAGACGGAACAGGCGGCGCACAGAUAUAUCGAUGCUGGGCGCUUGUGUUGCAGGGCCGAGAGGACGAGAUCCCUCCUUUCCACGGAUAUGACAGCGACCCAUUGGCAACCUUUGGCGAAAAGUCCAGCGAGCCAUACAUGUACGCGCCAAAAUUGUUGACAGGGUGGAGAAAAUGGCUCUUCGUGAUGUACCAAGUCUACGAUGGCUGGCGAUACCGCAGCUCGUCACGGAUCGUCUGUGUUCCCGGGGCUUAUAUGGCGGCUCAACGGCAGAAAGCGAUAGAGGAGAUCCGCGCGGAGACGGGCGACGACAAGGCAUUCGUCAGCGACAACGACGUCCUGACAGCCUGGUUCACGCGGCUCGAGGUCGGUCAUUUCCCGCGAAAUUCGAACAUGACCGUGCGCAUCAUGAACGCAUUCGCGUUAUCUGCAGUGCUGGGUAACGACCAUCUGCCCUCAGCCAAGGCGUUUAUAUCCAAUGCUGCGUCGGAGAUCUACACCUUCAUGACGGUGCGGGACUUCUUCGCCAAGCCGCUGAGCUAUGCCGCAUAUGCAAUCCGUCGGUCAAUGAUGGAAGGCGGAACUCGCGAACAGAUCGAGGCAUUGCAGGCCGUCAAGAAACAAACGCUGGCAAGCGAAGGCCAUACAUGGCCGAUGUUUGGAGACCCGUCCAUGGAGAUGAUGAGCUACUCGAACUGGACUAAGGGCAAGUAUUUCGAGACGGACUUCUCAGCAGCUAUCGUGAGGGAGGGGUUUGCGCGCGAAGCUCGGGCUGAGAAGCCUGGGUUCGCGUCGAUGGUGCAGUUCAACGCGUGGUCGACCAAGUUCGAUCUGCGCAACCUGAUGCCGAUCAUGGGCAAGGAUGCAGCUGGUAAUUAUUGGCUGCAAGGGCCAUUGAGAGAUGUAGUGUGGAAGCGGAUAGAGAGGGAUUUGAAGGAGGGGACGCCGGAGUAUCAGUAG